UUCAUUUUAUAACAAGAUGGCGGCCUCCAGUGGUUGCAUGUUCAACUUUAAUGUGGGAGUGCUGGGACACGUUGACAGUGGCAAAACGAGUUUGUCAAAGGCCCUUAGUACUGUUGCAAGUACAGCAAGCUUUGACAAAAACCCACAAAGUAAGGAAAGAGGGAUUACUCUUGACUUGGGGUUCUCGUCAUUCUCUGUGGACUUGCCAGAUCACCUGACUGGGGAGAUUGGAAGUUCGGGCAGAACCCAGAUACAGUACACCCUAGUCGAUUGCCCCGGACACGCGUCUCUCAUCAAAACAAUCAUUGGAGGUGCCCAAAUUAUUGAUUUGAUGAUGCUGGUUGUGGAUGUCACCAAAGGCAUGCAGACACAGACUGCUGAAUGUCUCGUCAUUGGGGAGAUCGCCUGUCAGAAAAUGAUUGUAGUUCUCAAUAAAUUGGAUCUUCUACCAGCAGACAAGAGGGAAGCUAUGGUGGAGAAGAUGAAAAAGAAGAUGCUGAAGACAUUUGAAGCCACAAAAUUUGCCAAUUGUCCAAUGGUUGCAGUGGCUGCUAAGCCUGGAGGUCCUGAGGCUCCUGACACUGAGGCACUGGGUUUGAACGAUCUAAUAGAUACAAUCAAGGCAAACACUUAUGUACCUCAGCGGAGUCAGACAGGACCAUUCAUCUUCUCUGUGGACCACUGCUUUUCCAUUCGAGGCCAGGGGACUGUGAUGACCGGUACAGCACUGAUGGGCAGCACAGCACUUAAUGAUACAAUAGAAAUUCCAUCAAUGAAAAUUACCAAAAAGGUGAAGUCCAUCCAGAUGUUCAAGCGGCCUGUUGACCACAUAUCACAGGGUGACAGAGCAGGUGUGUGUGUGACCCAGUUUGACCCUAAGCUGUUGGAACGUGGAUUGGUUUGUAGUCCCGGAGCAUUGCCUACAAUAUCAGCUGCUAUAGUGGCUGUGGAACAGAUUUCCUAUUACAAGGGCGCCAUAAACUCCAAAGCCAAGUUCCACAUUACCACCGGACAUGAUACUGUAAUGGGACGAGUAUCUUUCUUUAGUCUCUAUAGUGAUACUGUUGCUGCUGCAGGUGAAACUCCAGAUUCUAUCUCUAAAUGUUUUGAUUUUAGUGGAGAAUAUGUUUAUCAGGAUGAGUUGAAAAACAUUAAAGUUAUGAAAAAGGCCAUUGGAGCAGAAAGCGAUGCAGGCCCUUUACCUGUACAACAAUUUGCGUUGGUGGAGUACGAAAAACCAGUCACAUGUCCCAAAAAUUCACUUGUGAUUGGCUCAAAACUAGAUACUGACAUUCACACCAACAUGUGUCGCAUCGCCUUUCAUGGUCGUCUACUCGAAGGAAUUGUGGAUGACUCAGAAAUGCAGACAGUCUUACCUAAGCUGAAAGUAUACAAGGUUAAAGUACGUGAAGGUCAGGUAGAACGAUGCCAGGAUGAGUAUUCUGUGAUAGGCAAAAAUCUGUUUAAAAAGGAGACAAACAUCCAGGCGUUUGUCAACCUGAAGGUGACUUUGUCGUCCGGGGAGAGAGGUCACAUUGAGGGAGGAUUUGGUCAAAGUGGAAAGGUCAAGAUAAGAAUUCCAGAUGGACUUCAGCCAAGCACAUUCCAAAGGUAUUCUGGGACAAAGAAGAAAGGAAAGGGCAAGCAGGUGUCUGAAGAUUCAACAAAUGAAGUAGAGGCUGACCAACAACCUAUUAAAAUCUUCCUUACAUUCAAGCGAUUUAUUUAUGACCCAGAAAAGAAAAUGAAACAGACUUAAUUCAAUUAUAAAUUGUUGGGUCAGGUAUGCUAUUUGUUUGUACCGUCAAAUAUGGAAGUUUUUUAUAUAUAUAUUUUUUUUUUUUUUUUUUUUUAAAUUAUUAUAAAGAAAUAAGUUGCAAAACUGAUUUAUAAUAUUUAAAUCAGGGUACAGUAUGUAUGAAAAACUACAAUGGGAUUCCUUAUUGUUUUGCCACCAGUUUGAUAGGGGUCCUUGAGGCAAUGUCACAUUAAGGUUAAAUUUAACUCAGUGAUAUAUAAUUAAUUCAACUAAAAACUAAAGUAUUGUAAGAAUUUGUCUACAAAUCUUUUAGAAGACUACUUUAGGAAAAUUCAAGGUUUUUAGCUCACCUGCCUAAAGGGCAAGUGAGCUUAUCUCAUGGCGUGG